UAUGAAGAAGAUUCCUUUCAUGACCCACACCUUUCACCAUUUAUAUAUUCCCCUCCUCAGUACAAAUGAAAACCCAGUAGCUGAUUCUUAAAUUCACUCACUUUAACAUUCCAAUUCCAUAGAAGAAACCACUAUCUUAUCUCUUCUUUGGCUCUCUCCAUUUCUCUACCUCACCAAUGGUUCCUGAGUUAGAGAAAAUGCAGAAGCCUCGAAUCACAGAGAUACAAGUCCGGAUGGACUGUAAUGGAUGCGUACAGAAGAUCAAAAAGGCAUUGAAUGGUAUCAAUGGGAUAUAUGAUCUCUAUAUCGAUUUCCCACAGCAGAAACUUACAAUAAUUGGAUGGGCAGACCCUGAAAAGAUCGUCAAAGCUAUCAAGAAAACGAGAAAGAUUGCCACCAUUUGCUCCCACAUAGAACCAAGUGACCCUCCUACUCAACCUGCUGAACCAGCACCAGAACCACCUGAAGGUGGACAACCACCAGCCCCUGAUGCUGCAAACCCUCCACCUACUGAAACCCCACCAGCAGCUGCAGCUCCUCCACCCGCAGAGCCUCCCAAAGACCCUCCACCCCCUGAAAAUCCAGCUCCCGAAGUGACACCAUCACCUGUGGCUGCUGAGACUGCUGCACCCCAGCAGCCUCACAACCACCACCACCAUGGCCCCAAAGACAUUGAAGAGAUCCACAUAAUUCAUCACCAUCCACCUCAGUAUGGCCAUGGGCACAGCUAUGGUGGCCAUUGGAGCAACUAUCCUAGCGGACAAGGUUUCCGACCUGAGCCACCUGUUUAUGUCACACAAAGCUACGACACCUAUAAACCAUCACCUUCUAUCACUGCAUUUGAGUUCGUUCGGUCACCACCUCAACACACCCGUUACAGUCGUCCGGAGAACUACAGUGAAGAUUACCAUAACCGUGGGAACAGUAACGGGAACAACAUCACUUCAAUGUUUAGUGAUGAGAAUCCAAAUGCUUGUAGAAUAGUCUAGAGACAUUGAGGUUGGAAUGAAAAAGGCUCUCUUCCUUUUCCCUUCUAAAGAGAGUCCUUGCUAGAAAGUUGAUGGAGGAUAAUUAGUGAAGUUAUUCAUAGUACUGGUGGUGUUAAUUUCUAAUAUUAACUAAUUAAAUAAGCAUGUAUUAAAGUCAAUAGAAGAAUGAGAUCCUUAGAUUGUAAAUGAAGGAAGAACUGAUCCUGCAUUCCACUAUGAGACUGACUAAUAUCCUUACAGGUGUUCAUUUAUUCCAAGAGAAUCCUAUAAAGCUAA